GGAGGUUUGGAGCCGAGGGCCUCUGCGCCCGCGUAGGGCGUCGGGAACGUGGCGCCUAUGGGACCCCGAACGCGCGGGCUCAGGUCUUUGAGAAGGUCCUUAGACUCCAUGCCUCCGUUUCCCCAUGUGUAGAAUGGGAUUAUGUUGCCUGUCACACAAGGAUGUAGUGAAGAAUACAUGAGUCCAAAGUGCUUAGAAUAGCACCUGGCACAGAGAAGUACUGGGAAUGUAGCAAUUGAAUAGUGACUUCCUUAAGAUCAAAGCUGCACUGUUUUUGCAAAGUUUAAAAGCAUCAACUGGAAACAAUUUGCAUUUGAAAAUUGGAGCAACACAAAGAUUUGAUUCUGUGGAGUGACUAGCAAACAAGCAAUGUCAUCUAACGAACAAGAAAGGCUUUUGUGUUAUAAUGGGGAAGUCCUUAGUUUUCGAUUGUCUAAAGGAGAUGUUGCAGGUAAAGGGCCUGCAGAAAUAAGCGUAUUACAUGUCAGGAGAAUGAUAUUUGACAGAGGAACAAGAGCAUUUGUUCAGAAGUCCACUGGAUUUUUUAUGCUAAAGGAAGAAAACUCUCACUUAAAAAUUAUGUGUUGCGACUGUGUGUCAGAUUUCAGAACUGGAAUUAAUCUCCCUUAUAUUAUGAUACAAUGCAAUGAAAAGAACACUUUCAAAUAUUUUCUUCUGUUUCUUCACAGUAAAAAUAAAUUUGAAAAAUGUUUGAGUUUUAGACUAGGUUAUGAGUUGAAAGAUGGUGUAAGGGUCCUUAAUGGCCCUUUAGUUUUGUGGAGACACGCAGAAACAUUCUACUUUAUCUCUUCUUUAAACAGCACAGUUAUGACCGUGUCUGUUAAUUUUUCAUCUGUUGAGUGGGGAGGAGAGAUUGAAAAUCUAGGUAUGGUGUUACUAGGGCCAAAGACAUGUUUUUUAUCUGAGAAAGGAUGCACCCAAAAGCUUUCAAAAUCGGAUUAUGCAAUUUGGAAUACCGAAUUUUGUGUAUACUCCCUUGAAAAUGAAGAAGUCGUAAGUGAUGCAUACAUUAUCCCUCCUGCUUAUAGCAGUGUGGUAACUUGUGUGCAUGUCUGUGCAACUGAGAAUGUCAACGACCAGUUAAGAAUGUCUUUGAUUGCCCUUACUCGAAAGAAUCAGCUGAUUUCAUUUCAAAAUGGUACUCCGAAAAGUGUGUGCCAGCUUCCCUUUGGAGACCCUUGUGCAGUUCAGCUUAUGGAUUCAGGUGGAGAAGAACUUUUCAUCGUAUCCUUUAGGUCCGGUGACGUUUGUGCUGUUUGGAAGAAGAACUUUCAGGUUGCUGCUCAGUGGAAAAAAAUUAGCUCAGUACUGAUAGAUGACUUCAUAGGAAGUGGAACUGAACAAGUACUGUUACUUUUUCAGGACUCCAUGAAUUCAGAUUGCCUGAGUUCAUUUACAGUAACAGAUCUUUGCAACAUAAACUAUUUAAGUGGAACAUCGGAUUGCAAUGAAGAUGACUUAUUUGAAGACAAACAAAGGAAUUGUUACUUGAUGGUUCCACCUCUGGAAAGAAGAUUGAAAGUUGGUUCAGCUUCUAUUCAGGAAUUACAGCAGCAUCUCUUGCUUAAGGAAAACAUUAUUUUAAAAUCUUGGAAAAUGUUAAUAAACCUGAUUCAAGGGAAAGAUGAAAGUACAUCAGGUGCAGAGAAGGCACAUCUUGUUACUUUUUGUGGUAAAGAAGAAAAUCCUGUCUGCACCUUUGAUGAAAAGACACCAGACAAUUUUCAAGAUUCAGAACAGCUAGUAGAGAAGAUAUGGUAUCAUGUAAUAGAUGAUAGCUUGGUUGUUGGAGUGAAAACCACAUCUUCUUUGAAGCUGUCCCUGAAUCAUGUGACUUUAUCACUGGUAAUGGAUCAAGCUCUUAGCUCCAGCUGUCGGCUUAUUAAGUGUCACAAUAGGGUGAUCACGUUGAGUAGGGAUUUUCCCCCGGCUCCACGCUCAGUGCCAUAUGAAAUAGGAUCAGAGGCAAAAAGGAUCAAGUUGACUAUUGAUAGUGAGGAAGAGGGAGAGGAAGAGGAGACGGACAAGGAAAGCUUUGCUGGAGAACAAGCGUCUGAGAAAGAGUGUGUACAGGUCAUUACUGCCAUAACACCUCUUUCACCACUUUUAACAUUCAGUAAUUUCUGUUGCAUUGUGCUGCUACAAAUUAGGGAGAGGGAAAACGGUAACUCUUCUGAAGAUCGUUAUGUUCAUUGUGGCAGACUGUUUAUAAGUCUAGAAGAUCUUUCAAGUAGGAAAUACCUGCUGACAUUUCCAAAGAAGAAACCUAUAGAAUGCAUGGAAGAUCUCUUUGCACUUCUCACAGCGUUUCACAAAACUUGUUUUCAAAUCACAUCACCCAGCUAUUCUCUGACUUCAAUGAAGAUGUGGCUACUGGAACACAUGAAAUGUGAAGUAAUCAAAGAAUUCCCAGAAAUUUGCUUUUGCAAACGGCCAGGAAGUUUCUAUGGCACACUCUUCAACUGGAAACAAAGAACACCAUUUGAAGGGAUUUUAAUAGUCUAUUCCAGGAAUCAAACAGUUUUGUUCCAGUGCCUUCAUAAUCUCAUCGGAGCUCUCCCUAUAAAUUGUUUCCUCAAGAAACUAAAAUUGGGAAGUGAGGAUUUCCUAAUUGAUCAUUUGGCAUUACCUUUGGAGCAGGAAUUGGUUAUCCUGGGUUCUCUUUCUUCUGCCUUAGUUAAGGUUGAAAACAACUUGGUGCAGAGUUGCGAAGCAAGCAAAGAAAAGAGUAGUGGUGCUCUGGCUGCUUUAUCAGACAGAAAGGAAAGCAUCCUUCCCUACAGAAAAGAACUUCAGAGAGAAAAGACGCAAACGUUGGGGACGAACCUAAAAGUGAGUGGUGCCCUUUAUAGAGAAAUGACUUUGAAAUUAGCUGAGGUUCAGCUGAGAUCAGACCUUGCUGCACAGAAAUUGGCUGGUUUAUAAUUACCAUCUCAAUUUGAUUACAUUUUAAAAUAUAUUUUCUCUGCCAGGACAUUUUGAUUCCACAUUUGUUUCAAUUUUACAUUCUCUGCCUCCUCCUUUGCCAAAAUAAAGAUGGAGGCUUGUACCACUGGUGCACAAAACAGCACUCCUUAGAGCAGCACUCCUCAGCUGGGGCCGUUCCGCUUCCCUCCACCCCCCUCCCCCGCUGACGCUGAUGGAUUUGGCCGUGCCUGGAGGCGUGGUUUUGACUGUGAGAAGUAAUUGGGGGGGGGGAGGGUGUGGCAGGACUGCUGUUCGCAUGGAGUAGGUGGAGAGCAGGGGUGCUGCUAAACAUCUCACUCUGCACAGGACAGCUCCCAAGACAGUGACCCCGCCCCAAGUGUCAGUAAUGCCCAGGUGGAGAAAUCCUGCCUUAAAGUUAGCGCUUAAGUGAAGACCGAAGUGAUCUAACAGUAUUUUGGUCUAAACCUUUAAAAAACUUAAAUAGUCCUUUUAUUGUAACCUGUUUAGUAAACCCUAGCAUAUAAAAAUCCACUUCAAACAGAUAAACAAGGUCGUCAGGAUUCCCAGGUUUCUGUAAAUGGCAGUGUCUGGGUGAGACCAUUAAAAUGAAAAUCUUUGAACCCCUUGUUAAUUUAAAUUUCAUUAGAAAGCUUCUCUGAAAUUGUGUAAGUCUAUAGGAAUAUGAAAAUUCUAGGGCAUCUCUCUGAAAAGCAUAUUUCUUUCAAAAGGCUAAGCAUACCUCAUAAGCCACUAUUUAAAAAAACUGAAAAAAUGCCUUUAAGCCAUUUGUAAGUCCAACUUCAGGCCAAGGAAAGAUACAGAAUUCUAACUAAAAUAACGUAAAGAGUAUGAUGCUCCUUAGGGACUGAGAAAUUUCAAAAGAAGUAAAAAUUCACUUAACAUUUACAAAGUGAUUUUUGAGGGGUCCAUGGAGACAUUUCAAAGGGGUAAAGAUUCAACCUAUUCUUUUUUGGGAAAAAUAAGAAUUCUGGAGUAAUGAGAACAUUUCAGGAGAGGGGAAGACACAAAAGGAUAUGGUCCAAAAAGAGUGUUUUGGAUUCUUUUUUCUCGAAAAUCCUUAAGUGAGGUGGAAGUUUUGAUCUCAGUUGAAAGAAACAGCUGAUUAUAGA